AUGGUCGUGUUGGCUGAUAAAAGCUGUGGAAACCUUAAAAAAAGUGUUGAUAUAAACUUUUUAUUUGAGGACGAAUUUCAUGAGCUGGCCAAGCUUCCGAACAACCUGGCCAUAUUCUGCAUGGCGACGUACGGGGACGGUGACCCGACCGACAACGCCGUUGAUUUCAAGGAGUUUUUGAAGAGGCGCGACGUCGAUUUGUCCGGUUUGCACUACGCCGUGUUUGGCCUCGGAAACAAAACGUACGAACACUUUAACGCGAUGGGUAAACUGACCGAUAAGCGUCUCGCUGCAAUGAAGGCACACUGCGUGUGUCCGUUAGGUCUGGGCGACGAUGAUGGAAAGUAUGUGAUUGCUUUAGUUUUAGUUUUAUCCAGUGUCGUCUUCUGACC